GUUGAAAUAUGAAAACUGUGUUGAUAGUAAUUUUUGUGGCAUUUAUAACUGUAUCAGCUGCAAACUUCCAUAAUAAUGAAGUUCAAAUAAAACAUCGUCUUACAGCUUUAGAACUUAAUAGAGAGGAUGCCAUCUUUAAAAAAAGGAUUUCAAAUAAGACAACAGUACCUAUUCAAGGGAGGAAGGCAAUUCUGAGUGAAAAUGGAAAGUUAAUGGUGGAAAACUUCAUCAAUCAUCUGCCGUGUGGUUGGCCUGAUGCUGGAAUUCCCCCUUUAGCCCCAUAUGCUAAAAAAGAAAUCGACUUUAAGUUGAAGAAAUCAUUUGUUGAGCUUUCGCAAAAAUUCGAAUAUUUUCGAAUUGAUGGAUUGGACAUAAUGCUGAUUGAAAGACUGAAAGUCGGUUAUAUGUUUAAGAAAUAUGUCAAAUUCAACUUGACCUAUCCAAAAAUUAUUAUCAGUGGUAAAUAUUUCACUGAUUUGUUCAUCGAUUUACUGAAGAAAUACGGAGUUAGCUUAAGGUACGACGGGGAAAGUCAAUUUGAACUGAUGCUGGAAAACAUGAAUUUUCGUGGAUCCUUCAAGUAUGACAUGCCAAUACUUUUUGGACACACUGAAAUUUAUAAUUUUGAUAUAUCGGUGACAUUGGGUAAUGUGGUAUCAAAGAUUGGUGGUAUUGGAGGAAAUGGAAAGUUAAAUCGAUUGCUUAACGACAAGAUCGAAGAGAUUGCAGUGCAUUUGGUGAAUACAAAUCAAUAUGAUAUUAGCAUGGAGCUUGAGAAGGUAUUGGUGCCGUUUAUAAAUGAAAAACUAGAGGGACGCAAUUUGUGGACAUUUUUUAAGUCGUUAUUCGGUCAGAAGGGUAAAAUAUGCUAUCCACCACCAUAUCCGUGGUGAGAAUGAAAAACAUCCUUUAGGUACCAAAGGAGAAGAAUCUUUCGAUUUGUUUUUUGAUAAGUU